AUUAGAGAAACACACCUAAAAUUAAUUGAAUAUUACACUUACAUACGAAAUAAUCUACUUUAUAAAAAAAGAAAGUACAAGCCAUAUGAAUGAAAUACAUUUUAAUUUAUCAGUUACUAUACCAACUGAUCAUUUAGUUUCAACAAAUAACUUUGUAAAAUGGUUUCAUUAUUUUUCUUGUUAGAUUACUCCUUUUAAACAUAAUUCCACAAAUAUUGUAUGAUUAUGACCCAUUUUAUGGAACAUGUUUGUUUUUACUGAGAUCAAAAAGAUGAUAGAUUAUCAAGAUCCUCCUACAAAUAUAUGACUUUUUCUUAUGUAGUUAAACUAACCAAUAAGAUAUGAUUCAAUUACUCGAUUUCAAUUGGUUAAUUUUACUCAAUUUAUGGCAUUUCUAUAAACGGAUGCAUAUAGUUACUAAGUACAUAUUUAUCAUUUGUUCUAUAUUUAAUAAAUCAAACAAUUAUUAUUUUGAUCGGUGAAAAGAAUAAACAAUAUGACUGGAUCUACGAAACCGGAUCUUGAUCGUUUAGGUUAUUUUAGAGAAAUGUCUUAUGUUACGAUUGGUGAUCCAUAUACUGAUCUAGGAAAAUUUGUUUUCAAUGAAGAUUCUUGUAAAGGUAGACAACUAUAUGGGAUUAGUACAAAAUCAAAAUGUGGUUUAAACGAUGGAUAUUUUAGCCCAUACAAUCGACUAUUUAUUGGUGAAUCAUAUACGGAUAUGACAAAAAUCAAGCAUGAAGAACAUUUGAAAGAAAAAAUUAAAGAAGGUACAAAAGCAUUUCUUCCAUCUUCUUGUCCUAAACAACUUAUUGGAUCUGGAAAUUAUUGGGGUACAUUUUCAGGACCAAUUCCAUAUUUCCGUAAUGAAUUUAUUAAAUCAACUAAAUCAUCUGAUGGGAAGAAUUUUUACACCUCACCAUCUAAAAAAGGUGCUGGAUCUAGUUAUCCUAAUGUAACAAUUGGAAAAUUACCUGCUUAUGUUUCAGAACCAUAUUUAGAUAAUAUAAAUAAAACUAACAAAGAUUAUAAAAAUGCAAUACUAGGUCGUAAAAACUUCAUUCAAUGUGGAAAUAUUGACUACUUUGGUCCAGAUCCAUAUAAACAACAAAAUGGUAUUGUCAAAAAACCUCUAAAACCUACAGCAAUACAAACGAGAAGAAUUACAAUUCCGUUUAGACCAUCUAAUCCAGGUAAAGAACCAGGUGGUUACAAAGCUGGUACAUUUAAUCCUUUUCCUAAUUAUAUGCCUGAACCGUAUAUUGAUCCUUAUAAACAAAUAAAGUCUCAUCGAGAUGCUAAAGUAUUUAUUCCAUCAUCUGGAUCUAAAUCUGCUCGAUUUGAUUCAAUAUUAACAAGAAAUGUAAAUAAAACUAUAAAUUCAUCUAAUUUUGACACUAUUAAAUCUGUAACUUAUUCAUGAGAUAUUCAAGAAAGAAAAUAUUGUGAUUUAUGAAUGUUAAAUGUAUGUUACUAAUAAAUUUGUCUUCUGUCGAACUAUGACAAAUAUAAACUAUUACGGAUAAGUAUAUGAAAACACUGAAAAAUUCGAAAACAUAGUUUAUAAUGACUCUUUUAAAACAGUCUAUUAUCUAUCAAAGUAAAUAUGAUUGGUAAUUGAAUGUAUUGAAACUUGAAUGUAGUUAAAAGCUGUAUUAUUCGAUCUCGU